UUUGCAUCUCGACCCUGGCGCUGGCUGUGAGACAUCCCCAUGAAGACUGCAACGCGCUUGGAACCCCCGGAUGGUGGCUGGGGCAUUCUGAUCUGCAUCGGCAUGGCCAUGCCAUUCGUCAGCGGUUUAGCUGCUCUGCCUUCUUUCGGCUUGGUAUUCGGUGACUUUCUAAAAAGUAUCGGCGCCGAAACAAGUGCAAUUGGCUUCAUAACGAGUGCCUUCUUUUGCGCAUUCAGUUUUGCAGGAUUGUUUUCUGGUUCAUUAUUCAUCCGCUUUGGGGUACGCAACGUGGGCUUGUUUGGUGGCAUUCUUUACUUUCUCGGUUGCCUAUUCCAAAUAUUUAUCACCUCAACCUGGGGUUUGAUUUUUGCCUUCAGCCUAGUGCAAGGAAUCGGUUUUGGCCUGAUAGUGCCCACCUCCUAUACCACGUUCAACAAUUACUUUGUCAAAAAACGAGUGAUGUGGAUGAGUUUCUCCCAGUCACUGAUUGGCUUGGGUUCCAUGUUCUACCCGGUACUGAUGCAAAAACUUAUCGAGUGGUAUGGUUUCAGAGGUUGCCUUAGUGUUUUGGCAGCUAUUAACUCACAUGCGGUCUUGGGAAUGCUGCUAAUGCAACCAGUCGAGUGGCACAUGCGUGAGGUGCCAUGUGAGGAUGAGGAACUGCAGCAUCUGGACAGAAAAAAUGCAGCCAAGCCCGAACAGUGCUUGGACUCGACAAAGGCUGUCAUGCAAAACGACGAUGACAAGAAUCAUCUUUCUGUACGAAGAACAAGUUCACGAAAACAUUCCCUACAAAUGGGAGAAAAAAUCCCAAGUCGUUGUUCCAGCAUUACGAGCUUGGGUAAUUGGUCGGGUCCCAUUGUCGUCAGCGAUGCUUCUCCUGAAAUGAUCAACAUUAUAGGAUCUCGACGACCAUCCACUGCUGUUUCCGUCACAGGCCAGACUCGACCUGGAGAACCGGAAGCGGAUAACCGAUCCAAGUGGCAAGUAAUUGUCGAUUUCCUGGAUUUGACACUCUUGAAAAAACCCAUUUAUGUGAACAUAGUUUUGGGAAUCUCAUUCGCUUUGUACUCGGACAUUGCCUUCUUUACGCUCCAGCCUUUGUAUAUGUUUGAGCUUGGAUUCAAUAAGCCGGAUACUGCUAGCAUUAUAGCCAUUGGAGCAGCGGCCGAUUUGGGUUCUCGUAUAUUUUUGGCAUUUUUGGCCGUGUUUAUUCAAAUGCCUUCAAGAUACAUAUAUCUAGCCGGAUCAUUUUUUACGGUGCUGUCACGUUUCGUUUUCCUCUAUGUGGCCGAUUUCCAAGGAAUGGCUGCGAUAACGGCCGUUAUGGGAUUUCUGAGAACUUGGAUUCAUGUGCCCAUGCCACUGAUAUUUGCCGAGUACUUACCCAAAGAACGGUUCGCCACCGGUUAUGGCUUGUUUAUGUUUUUACAGGGCAAUAUAAUGUUUGCCAUUGGACCUGUCGUCGGUUGGCUGCGCGACAAAACUCAGGAUUAUAUUUUGACCUUUCACUGUUUAAACUUUUUCAUGGGUCUGUGUGCUUUCCCUUGGAUUUUAGAGAUUAUAUUUUUGAAAUUUCGCAGACGCUCCAAACUGAAUACCGUCGCAGAGUCUAGACAAUAAUUAUUUAAAUGUAUAUUUUUUAAUUUGUUUCCAUAAGUUUUGUUAAAAGUACGAAUACAUGAAUCAUUACAACUGCAAAUUGUCACACUCGUAAGAAAUAAGUUCAUAUAUUAAGUGUCUCCACAUUUGUAUCCAAUAUUUAAAUAUAAUUGGUAUUAAAAUUAAUUCUACUAAAAUCAAACAUAACUGUUCAACCUGGCAAGCCGUCAUUUCUUUGGGAUCCGACCAUCUCCCCGACCACCCGACUUCAAAACAUCUGAGCGCUGGACGUUUGUCAAUCAAAAGAAGGCCGAUUAGGUCGGAUUCAGAGAGUACACCAAUCGCUGCUUCGGUGAAAUGACUCCCCCCCUCAAAUGUGCUAGUUGCCGAGAGAGGAAAUUGCGAGACAUCAUUAACGCAGCAGCCGUUCGAUUGCCUUAAGUGCGGCCCAAUUUCCCAGCGCAGGCAGUGGUUCUCUUGAUGGAAUUCGUUGCACGGACCACACUAACCCCAAAAUCAGCGAGCUGAAUCUGGAAAUGAACAGGGUAGUCAACAAACAUGAGCGGAACAUGUGGCUGGAACACUUGGAGCAAUGAAAUUAGGUGCCGGCUUAGGCAAACUGUGGUCUACUGUUAAGUAACUCGCGGGACCUCAGUCACUUUUGGCGACGUAACCAAAGCGGUGAGCUAGUCCAUUUAUUGUGCAUUUCUAGAGUGACAGGGCUAGGAGGAGAGCCAAAGGACAGCCAUCACAAUUUAUCGUGGACGAAGUUACGAAUGCCUUCCAAGACGUUGGACCCCGACAAAAUCUUUACACUGAUGCUGUAGAAUCAGGAUAUACCUGCACAGUAAAUUUUACAAACUACGUUCAAUUAGGAAAUUUGUACAUUCAAUUAAAAAAUUUGCUGAAAUCGGUCUUGUAAAGGAAUUUGUAUUAUUGAUUAA